UCAGUUGUCUGUUUUAGAUUUCUUAGAGAAAGGUUUUAGCUUUUUAGCCGGUAUUUUAUUUAUUUAUUUUCCUUGCGUUUUGUUUAUUAACUAAUCAAGAAAAAGAGACUUCAAGUAACAGUACUCUUUCUCAUUCUGAAAGAAAUGGAAGGGAUCCCCUCAGUAACUCUCAGCUCAGGCCACUCUAUGCCUGUAAUAGGCAUGGGUACCGUCUCAUACCCGAAGCCCGAACCCGGAGCUCUUCGAUCAGCGAUGCUCGAUGCGAUCACGGUCGGAUAUCGCCACUUUGACACCGGCGCUUUGUCUCUGUACGGCACAGAGGAACCUCUCGGCGAGGCAAUUGCCGAGUCAAUUCGAUGCGGGCUCGUGAAGGACCGGAGCGACCUCUUCGUGUCCACCAAGCUGUGGGCUGCGGAUGCUCAUCAUGAUGGCGUGAUUCCGGCGCUUCAGGAGUCCCUCAGGAAACUACAGCUGGAAUAUGUGGAUCUCUAUCUCAUACACUGGCCUUUUGGCCUGCCAAAAGAAGAGACCAAGUGGCCAAUUGAUGAAGAGAAAAUAGUUGCUCUGGACUAUGAAUCCGUGUGGAAGGCAAUGGAGCAAUGCCAAGCACUAGGUUUAGCAAAAUCCAUUGGAGUGAGCAAUUUCUCUUGCAAAAAGUUAGAGCAGCUUCUCUCAGCUGCGCGCAUCCCUCCAGCAGUCAAUCAAGUGGAAAUGAAUCCAACUUGGCAACAAAAGAAGCUGAUGGAUUUCUGCAGAGAGAAGGGAAUACAGAUUACAGCCUAUACUCCGUUGGGAGCAAAUGGGAUGCCAUGGGGAACAAGCAGAGUGCUGGAAUCCAAUGAGCUGAAAGAGAUUGCCAUGGCUAAAGGGAAAUCUACUGCUCAGAUUUCAUUGAGGUGGAUACACCAGCAAGGUGCCACAAUGGUUGUUAAAAGUUUCAAGAAAGAGAGAAUGGAAGAAAACCUUGACCUAUUUAAUUGGGAACUAAGCAAAGAGGAGAUGCAUGAGAUUAGUAAGAUUGAGCAAUGCAGAGGAAUUCAAGGAGAGCAAUUUAUCUCUGCAAAUGGAGCUUUCAAGUCAGUGAUGGAGUUAUGGGAUGGGGAGAUCUAGUUACUAGUUUUUAAUCUCUUAAACAUGUUAAUGAAUUUGUCACUUGUUAAAUGUGUUAUGAUAAUUAGAUGAAUAUGACAAAUGAACUGAAAAAGACAUAAACUUUAUUUUGCGGUCAAGUAGUAAAUGCUUUAAAAAUCAGUUAUCGAAAA